ACCCUGAAGGAUUUGGUGGCGGGGAAGCGGGAAGGGGAAAAGAUGCAGGGGGAAAGGUGACGCGGCGAAGGAGAGGCGACCAAGAGCAGAACCUCGGAAGGGGCGGAGCUUGCUCUGGACAAGAAAAAGAGAGCUGUUAUUGGAGAGGGGCGAACACAGGGGGCGUGGCCUGGUCGGCCGUUGGGCGCGCGGCGGUGUGCGCGAGCGACCUCCCCUCCCGACUCGCUCAAGGCGCUACUCUGAGGCUCCCGCUGCGGACGAGAGCCGAGCAACUGCUGAGGGGCGGGGGCUGCCCUGCGCCGCGGUCGUGGAGAGUGACGCUUCCCCGCCGUCCCUGCCAGUACCGAACAAUGGACGAGCCCCCUGCGGGAGCGGGGCCCUGUCUGGCCGCACCCGCCGCCAUGGGCGGGGAGAACGAGGCGGAGAGCCGGCAAGGCCCGGCGGACCGGGCCAAUGGAGAGUCGCCGCUCAACCUGUUGGACACGUGCGGGGUGUGCGGGCAGCACAUCCAGAGCCGGCGGCCCAGGCUCCUGCCUUGCCUCCAUUCGCUGUGCCUGCGCUGCCUGCCCCCGCCGCACCGCUACCUCAUGUUGCCGCCGCCCACCGCGCCGUCGCCAGGCUGCGGCCCCAAAGACCCGCCACUGCCGCCGCCGCCUCCGUUGCUCCAGCCUUCGCCUGCCCCUUCUUCGCCUGCCUCCACGCCGCCCUCGCCGCUGCACUGCAACCCGGUUGGUGUUGUUCGCUGCCCAAUUUGUGGCCAGGAAUGUGCAGAAAGACAUAUUAUAGAUAAUAUCUUUGUAAAGGAUACUACUGAGGUUCCCAGUAGUACAGUGGAAAAAUCAAAUCAGGUUUGUACAAGCUGUGAAGACAAUGCAGAAGCCAAUGGCUUUUGUGUGGAAUGUGUGGAAUGGUUAUGCAAGACCUGCAUAAGAGCUCAUCAAAGAGUCAAAUUCACAAAGGAUCAUACAGUCAGACAGAAAGAAGAAGUAUCUCCAGAAGCCGUUGGUGUAACUAGUCAGCGACCUGUGUUCUGUCCAUAUCACAAAAAGGAGCAGCUGAAGCUCUAUUGUGAGACUUGUGACAAGUUAACAUGUCGGGAUUGUCAGUUGCUGGAACACAAGGAACACAGGUACCAGUUUAUUGAAGAAGCCUUUCAGAAUCAAAAGGUGAUAAUUGACACACUGGUUACCAAGCUGAUGGAGAAAAGUAAAUAUAUAAAAUGUACAGGGGAACAGAUUCAAAAUAGGAUCCAUGAAGUGAAUCGGAAUCAGAAGCUGGUGGAACAGGACAUUAAAGUUGCUAUUUUUACAUUGAUGGUAGAAAUAAACAAAAAGGGGAAAGCUCUACUGCAUCAGCUUGAGUGUCUAGCUAAGGAACACCGGAUGAAACUUCUACAGCAACAACAGGAAGUGGCAGGUCUUUCUAAACAACUGGAACAUGUCAUGAACUUUUCUAAGUGGGCGGUCUCUAGUGGAAGCAGCACAGCAUUGUUGUACAGCAAACGCCUGAUCACAUAUCGGUUACGAUAUCUACUUAGAGCGAGGUGUGAUGCCUUACCAGUAUCUAAUGCCAUCAUUCAGUUCCACUGUGAUCCUAGCUUCUGGGCUCAAAAUAUUUUCAACUUAGGUUCUCUGGUAAUUGAAGAUAAUGAGACCCCACCACACAUGCCUAAAAGCCCAGUGAUGGAACCAAACAUACAGCCACAAUGUGGCUUAUCUUCAAAUCAACUAUCCAAGUUCCCAACACAGAUCAGUUUAGCUCAACUGCGACUUCAGCACAUGCAGCAGCAGGUCCUCGCUCAGAGGCAGCAGGCUCAACGGAGGGCAGGUCCUGUGGGGCUCCCAAAUCCUAGAAUUGCAGGGCCCAUGCACCAGACUCCACCUCCUCCACCACCUCAGCAGCCACCUCCACGUUUGGUUAAUUUUCAGAAUCAUAACCUCAAAUCUAAUGGUUCAGUUUCUCUAAGUCAGCCAAUGAGGUUUCCUCAAAAUCAGAAUAUGCUGCAUCCAGCCGUAAGACCCAACCCGCUACAAAUGGCAUUUUUGGCACAGCAAGCUAUUAAACAGUGGCAAAUCAACAGUGGACAAGUUUCUGCUGCUUCCUCAAAUGCUAACAGUAGUACAUCGACUCCCUCCAGUCCCACCAUUAAUAGUGCUGCUGGAUAUGAUGGGAAAUCAUUUGUUCCGCCUAUGAUUGAUCUGACUUCAACAAUGGGUGGCUCCUAUACACUGCCUGCUCUUCCCGAUAUUGACUGUUCAGGAAGUAUUUCGUUGGAUAGCAUUGGGAGGAGAGAGGGCACUGUGGAGCAGAGCCAACACAAACUUCCUUUACACAAAACUAUCCAGUCCCCAAACUCAUCAGUGCCAUCUCCAGGUCUCUCAGGGCCAGGUACUGUAUCUGGUGUCCAUCCCCCAGUUCGUUCACCCAGUGUUUCCAGUGUUGGAAGCCGAGGCAGCUCUGGCUCUUCUAGUAGACCAUCAGGUGCUGAUUCAACCCAGAGACUCCCUGUGGUCAUGUUGGAGCCCAUCAGAAUAAAACAAGAGCCUGGAGCGCCAAGUGAGAACUAUGAUUUUCCAGUUGUAAUAGUGAAGCAAGAAACAGAUGAAGAAUCUCGGAAUAAAAAUACCACUUUCCGAAGAACCUUGCUUACCUCGAUGUUGACUAGCAAUCGUAAUUGUUCUUCUGUAGAAACAGUUUUGAGAACUCAGGCACCAGACAGUACUGGUGACCAGCCUUCCAAUGGCAAGGCAGCCUGGAUCAGGUCUCCUCAUGUUGGAGACAGCAGGAAAGAUGAUGACCCCAAUGAAGACUGGUGUGCAGUAUGUCAGAAUGGAGGAGAGCUUUUAUGUUGUGAUAAGUGUCCUAAAGUGUUUCACCUUUCUUGUCAUGUCCCCAUUCUCAGGAAUUUUCCAAGUGGCGAGUGGAUUUGCACAUUCUGCCGUGAUUUGUCCAAACCAGAAAUAGCAUAUGAUUGUGAUGGCCCAAGUCAUGUGUUUGAAGAAAAAAGAAAACUGGAAGGAAAUAUGGGAUUGGCACCUAUAGAUCAGAGGAAGUGUGAAAGAUUACUGUUGUACCUUUACUGCCAUGAAAUGAGCCUUGCCUUUCAAGACCCUGUCCCUCCCACGGUGCCUGACUAUUAUAAAAUAAUUAAGAAGCCAAUGGACUUGUCAACAAUCAAGAACAGAUUGCAAAUGCAUCACCCAUUAUACACAAAACCAGAGGAUAUUGUGGCUGACUUUAGACUGAUAUUCCAAAACUGUGCUGAGUUUAAUGAGCCUGAUUCAGAAGUGGCUGAUGCCGGUAUGAAACUGGAAGUCUACUUUGAGGAACUUCUGAAGAACCUUUAUUCUGACAGGGAGUUUCCUGCCCAGCCCUAUUACCAUGCUGAUGGAGGCAGUCCAGAUUUAACAGAUGACUCAGAUGAUGAUUUUGUACAACCCCGGAAAAAACGCCUCAAAGGGGAAGAGCGGCAGUUUUUUAAAUAAAUUGGUUGUAUGUACUGCUAAGGAUUUUUUAAAUUAAAUAUUUAUCAUUUUCUGAAAAAAGGUUUAUGACCACAUUGACUUCUACAGAUAAGGACAUUUACUGGGAUUCAUACCUUGCACCUCAGAAUAAAUCUACCAAUUGCUGAGGUACAUACAUAACUUUAAAAAAUUAUAUAAAUGUGACCCACUUUUUGGAAGCUCAUUAUACCAUCACUUUCAAGUGAUAAUUGUUCAAAUCUUUUAUUUAAAAAGGAUUUGUAAAAACUAAAGUUGGAAACAGAUGUAACGUGUUGCUUUUGCUGUUUAAAGAAAAUUAAUUCACCAGAAAUUAAUUUACCAAAGGCAUGUGACUGGCCGUAAUUUCAGUUUUCUGUACUGUAUAUAACCAUUAACCAUUGGGGGAUAAAAGCACAUGGUUGGUAUUGUCCUAGGAUACUAAUUGAUACAAUGGAAUUGUAGUUGCCCCCAGAGAGUUACUCGUGCUCUAAAAUGUAAGGAGUGGAGAAAAUGAAGUAAAGUACUUUGGAAAAGGA